AGGCAAAAUGUCCAGUAGAUGUCAAACUUGCAGAAUAUUACGUGCAGAGAGAUUAAUCCAUAAUCUCCCCUCAAUUUUAAUCCAAAGAGUCAAUUAUGUACUCACGCGAGAGAAAUUCAUCGACACGUGCGCAGCAAAACACCGACAACCAAAAUAAAUCGUAUAACGACCGCAGGCGGAAGAUCCAUUCUGCGCAUGCAGGCAACACAUGUAUACACGCGUACAUAUACAUAUAUGUCAAAGUGGACGAGAAAGAAAGAAGGACGCUCCGUUCAUUUGGUACGUCACUUCUGCGUCUUCUUCAAGGCCCCUCUAAAUAUACUCCAAUUUCACUUUGGAAAAAAAAAUAGAUGAAACUAUAGUUCGACCGCGAUAUAUCUAUAUUUAUUUAUGUCUAAAUGAGGAUCAUAAAGCCAACCUUACCCGACACUGCGAUCAGCAGUGUUCGCAGAAGCAGAAGAGGCGACAGGGUGACGGACGUGAAGACCUCGCCGAGAGGAGAGGUCAAGUUUAGCGAGCGGUGAAUGGUUCGCGCGUGAAUUAUGGCGAGCCGCGAGCGUAAGGUAAUCGACGACUCGUACGUCAGAUCGUUGUUGAUGCGCCACUUGUGUUCGUCGUCGUCCGACGAGGACGACGUCGCUGGGACCGCGGUCGCCGCCGACGAGCCAGCAUGCCACAGGAACGACGUCGUAUGCUCGAUGUCCACGUCGUCCGACGAGGAGAGGGUGACGGUCCGCUGCCGGGACCCGUCCAGGAACAACCGGCUGUCGCCGACGUCCGACAGGAGUCGGCCCGUCGACCAGGCGGCAGGUCAGGAUACGUCGUCACGUCGUGACAGCAAUCCCUUCAGUUUCAAGGCCUUCUUGAAGAACGGAACCCAGCAGACCAAUUAUCAUAACACUGGAGCACGACCCAAGAUCUACUCGUCCCCCACAUCGAGUCCAGGCAGCGUUUUUGAUAAAGAUAACACUGGAAAUGUUUAUUCGGCUCGAAACCCGACGGAGUUGCCGGAUUUCGUGCAGGAUCAUCUGGUCAUCGAACAAUGUUAUCUGAACCACGAAGCAGCUCAGCCUGUAUUGCCCGACGUGGAUAAUUUACCGGAUUUUACGUUGAACAGUGUGGAACAGAGGCAAUCCCGACUGCGAAAUGAAACCAAGAAAAACGAUCCUGAAAUCUUUGGCGAUGAUCUACGAUCGUUCGAUCUCACAGAUACGUUGCACAAAAACUCAACACACAGAGAUCAUUCUGGGUCGAAUGCUAUGCAUUCGAAUCACUUGGACUUGCCUGUGUUUGGGGACAGGCUCGAAGAGAACACCUCUUAUCUUUCUCGUCCUGAGCACAGAGGGUUUCCUUUUGAUUUACCAUUACCUUUUGGCGAAUCUAAUUCCAAUGGAAAUGCGACCACGCGAGACGGUGCUCUGGCAGGAAACGAAGCGACUGUUCAUAAAUCUUUGCCAGAUUUCUUAAGCGAUGGACCUAUAUAUAAUAGAUCUGCAGACUCAGAAUCUGACGGUGCGAGUAUGACAGAAUCCACAGAAAGAAGACUUUUACUCGAAAACGAUAGGUUACAUCAACAAUUAGAGACAGCUCGAAGGCAAAUAAGCGAGAAGACUGAAAGGAUUCGUUCAUUGGAGGCAGAAUUACUGUUUAAGAGGGAAAUUGAACACGAGGAAACAGCGCACUUGGAAAAGGCGAUGGAACAACUCGAAAAUAACUUAAAACGAAAUACAAAGCGAGCGGUUAAUGCUGAAACGUCCACUAUCACGUCGCUGAAAAAGAAAAUUAAAGCUUUAACAGAAGAAAUAUCUUUACUACGAUUAGAAAAUGAUAAACUUCGAGCUGGCACCUCGACUGCUGGACAAGGCGAAUCUAAUACUGGUACUGCUAAGACGAAUCGCAAUGUAAGAAGACUCUGUGAUCUAUUCGCGGCUGCAUCGUCGGCUGAAGUAUCUCUUAGACAGUUAAUGUCCGGUGUUGAUAAUCUGAGAGUUCUUGCAUCGACCCUCGAAAAUAUGGAUAGGAUAGAAGACUGGACCAAAGACUUUUUACCUGAUUCCGACGAGGAGAAUGCCGCCGGUCCUGCAGUAUAACUCUUUCUCUCUUUCUAUAUAUAUAGAUAUAUAUAUAUAUAUAUAUCCCAUUUUAUCACUUUUUCAUAUACUCCAUCAAUUGUAAUAAUUUUGCUGUGUGUCUACUGAUCAUUACAGUGACAACAUAAUUGCGCAGCAAACGUUGCGAACGCAACGAAACGCAUUACUCAUUAUUCGAUUGUUGUUAUCUGUGCGUUCGUUAUUUUAAAUUACCACCUUUGUUGCUGUCGUCCAUACGAAUAUUCUGAUGCAAGAUCACUUUUAAUCCGCGUAUGUAUAAAUACAAAUCUAUUUCUUAAAUAUUUAUUAUAUAUUUUUUACAUAUUUAUUCUUGUGAUAGUUUGUGCAAAAAUCUACUCACUUGACACCAUGACGAUGCAAAGAUAACAUUAUAUCGGCGACUUUUCUCGUGAUUAAAGAAAUAUAUUUUUUUAGUUAUAUAUUGUACGUAAAAUACGGAAAAAAAUAUAUUUGAAAGAUGCUCUAAAUCUCACGUGAUAUUAUCAAAGCAGAAGUUGAUAGAACGCUAAAAGUGAUCUCUUGCAUGCAUUAUGCAAUACAGCAUCCGAUGUAAAAGCCAAAAUAUAUUUUUGACAAGCGACCCUCUUACCAUGUAUGUGUAUACAUGAGGCUUUAAAUAGAAAUACGAAACAGAUGUACAGGUAGUCUGAUUCUGAUAGACCAUAAAUUUAUCGAUAAGUUACAGAUUAUACAAUGACAUGUAUAUAUUUCCAGUACGAUAUUUAUUUUUAAUCGAUACUGCGUGUGUAGAUGCACAUGCAAAGUAUGUUCAGAUGUGUGCGAAAUGCGUAUAUAUGUACUUUGGUAUUAAAAAGAGUUGAAUAACAAUACACAUAUGUACAAUUGCA